AUGAUCGAGCCUCUUUCUCACGGGAAUCACGUUUGGCUAUUUCAUUUGAUUCCCCAUUGCCUUACCUUACCUUGCCUUGCCUCCAAUGGUAACUCGCUAUGCAGAGACGGACAAAGGAAGCGCGAGCACUUGCCUUGCCUCCAAUGUAGCAGCUUAAUUGAAUCCAAACACCCCGCGCGAUUUCCUCAGACGAAUCAACAAACACCCCCGCCACCGUCACCGUCACAGCCACCAAUGGCCGAAGAAGAAGUGGCGGCAGAAGUUGAGACAGCCAUGGCAGUGUACGACGAAGAUUGCCAGGUCGUUGAAAUCUACCCUCCUCACCUCCUCAUUCACCUCAAGCCCCGUACCGCCGAUGUUUCAUCUCGAUAG